GUUGGAAAUCAUUUUAAAGUAUAAAAAUGAUUAAAUCACGGGAAUUUUUAGUUCUAAUUAUUUUCUCGAACAUUUUCCUUAUUUUUGGUCAACAAGAAUAUUGUCGAAUUUGUCGUGAUCAUACAAUGUGCAUUUAUCGCAAUUCAAAUCCGGUUUGCAGUGCAAAUCAAAUUGGACUUAAUGCAAAUCAAAAAACAGAAGUUUUAAAUGUACAUAUUUUUCUAAGGCGACUCGUUGCUUUUGGAUGGGAAAGACGUGGAAAUCCUGGACCACAACCACGUGCUAGAAAUAUGAGAGAUAUGGUUUGGGAUGAUGAAUUGGCAACCAUUGCACAAAGAUGGGCUAAUCAGUGCAGUUCUUUAAAUGACAAAUGCAGAAACGUUCAACGAUUCAAGGUUGGACAAAAUGUUGCUAUCUUAUCGAUAACAGGAACACCUCCUGUUAAUAUAAUAACAAGAUUAGUAAUUCUAUGGUAUAAUGAAGUAACCUUAUUCGAUUCUAGACAAGUUGAACGUGUCACAAAUUUCGAUCGAGUUGGACAUUAUACUCAAAUGUUAUGGGCAACAAGUGUGAGACUUGGCUGUGGAUUUAUAAAUCAUAAACAAGGUGAAAAUAAUACAGCAAUAUUGGUUUGCAACUAUGGUCCAGCAGGGAACAUUAUAAAUGGAAAAAUGUACGAUAUUCUUCGUUAAAAGCAAUUAAUAAUUACAGCUACAAUUGUUUAGAAUUAAUACUAAUCAAUAAAUUAAACAGAUUUUGAAACUAA